CCCAUCUCUGAAUCCUUCCAGAGUUCAAAUACUUGACAUUGAAUAUUCGCACCAAGGGCGCGCCACCCCCAUGCAUCGCAAUGUCGUCUCUCCAUGUAGCAGUCUACCACGGGAGUCUGGAGCUCACAAAGGCCCUUCUCGAGGAACUCAAGGCGGAAGACCACGACCUGCUAUCGAAAUGCAUCAAUUUGAGGCUGCCAACUUAUGGCUCUCCGCUCUUUACGGCCUGUGUCGAGGGACACACCGAGCUCAUUGAUCUCCUGGUCGGUUACGGUGCCGACCUCAAGCAGCCGCCGGGCCCGACAUCGACAAGAACCAUACUCAGGCAGGCCAUCGGCAUCGGAAAUCCGGCAGUUAUCGCCAGCCUGGUUAGAAACGGCGUAGACGUAAACGCCCUCGACGAUAGCGGCGGCACCCCGCUGAACUGGGCCCUAGGCCAGGAAAACGUCGCCGCGGCGCUGCAGCUCCUGUCCCUGGGUGCCGACCCGAACAAGCCCGGCGACCGAGGGGUCACACCACUCAUGACCGCCGCGGUGGGCAGCCGCCCGUCCGCGCUCGUCGCGCCGCUGGUCGAGGCCGGCGCUGACCCGGAGCAGCGCAUGGAUUCGGGCGACACGGCGCUGACGGCCGCCAUCAUCGAGGGCGAGGACGGCGGCGCCGAGGCCGUGCGGGAGCUGCUCCGCGCCGGCGCCGCCGUCGACGCCCCCGGCAGAAACGGCGGGCUGCCGCUCGGCUGGGCGCUGGCGCGCGGCCUCGAGGACGUCGCGCGCGCGCUGCUGGACGCCGGCGCCACCAUUUCGGGCGACCGGGACACGAUCCUGCACGCCCUGGUCGAGAACGGGACCCCGCCGGCGAUGCUCCGGCUGGCUGUCCGGCUGCUCGAGGAGAGGUCGCCCGGGGGCGCCGUGUCGUCGCGCAACGCGAGAGCCGAGACCCCGCUGCACCUGGCGGCGCAGGCGGGCGACCGCGCAGCCGCGCUGGUGCUGCUGGACGCCGGGGCAGAGGUGAAUGCCGAGACGGGGGGCGGGUUGACGCCGUUGUGUGCGGCUAGGGCGGGCGGCCAUGACGAAGUUGCCGACCUGCUGAUCGAACGAGGUGCGGAUGCCGAGUAUGCCAAGAGGCUGCGGGCCUUGGAGAUUGAGGGGGUAAAAUAUCAAAUCAUCGUGGAGGAGGAUUGUACGGAAGAGGAGUGGGAGAAGAUCAAAGCGGCAGCUAGAGAACAAUUCCUGAAAAAGUUAGGAGAAGGGGACCAGGCUUCGCUGGCUGGGUCAGGAACCUCAAAGACAUGUUUUUAG